AUGUCCAGGACGCUGCGACAGUAUGUUCACCAAUUUGGUCAGAAGCUGGUCCGCAGGCGGCCGCUGGAACCCAUAGAGGAGUCUAAGCGCCCCACCCCUCAUCUGAACAUUCUUGACCUGGUGGUCUUGGGUGUGGGCAGCACCCUGGGAGCUGGUAUACACAUCUUGGCUGGUGUGGUGGCCAAGUACACAGCUGGGCCAGCGAUUACCGUCUCCUUCUUGGUGGCCGCCCUGUCUUCUGUGCUGUACGGGCUCUGCUACGCCGAGCUGUGGGCCCGGGUACCACGCUCUGGUUCAGCAUAUCUCUACAGCUAUGUCACCAUGGGACAACUGUGUGCCUUCAUCAUUGGCUGGAACAUCUUGCUGUAUUUAAUCACUGCCACUGCCUAUUUGUCCAAAGCCUGGAGCAUCACAUUUGACGGCCUGAUUGGGAACCACCUCUCUCAGGCGUUACGAGGAGCUUUCUCUGCGCAUAUGCCCCCCUUCCUGGCCACAUACCCAGACUUUGUCGCGCUGGGCCUGGUGCUGCUGAUAACUGGAGUAAUGCUUGUGAGGCCCCGUGUGUUGCCUUGGGUCACCAGAGUAUUCACAGGCAUCAACCUUUUGGUGCUCAGCUUCAUCAUCCUCUCUGGCUUCAUUAAGGGGGACCUGCACAACUGGCAGCUCACGGAACAGGACAAUAAAUUAAACACAUCUGGAUCCAGCGGCACCUCUGGCUUGAGCCCUCUGGAUUCUGGAGGGUUUGUGCCCUUUGGCUUUGAAGGGAUUCUCCAUGGAGCAGCUCUAUGUUUAUACGCAUUUGUUGGUAUUGAUGGCAUUCUCACUAGAGGGGAAGAAGCCCUGAAUCCUCAGCGAUCCAUCCCCUUGGGCAUCAUGAUCUCGCUCUUCAUCUGCUUUUUGGCGUGUUUUGGUGUCUCGGCGGCCCUCACCCUCAUGGUGCCCUACUACCGGAUUCACCCUGAGAGCCCCUUGCCGCAGGCCUUUCUCCAUGUUGGGUGGGGCCCUGCCAGAUAUGUCGUGGCUGUUGGCACCCUCUGUGCUCUUACAUCCAGCCUCGUGGGCCACAUGUUACCCAUGUCUCAGUUGAUCUACGCGAUGGCAGUUGACGGGCUCCUUUUCCAGGGACUUGCCCGGACACACCUCCGCACAGGAGCCCCCAUCAUGGCCAUCUUGACGUGUGGAAAUCUUGCAGCGAUCUUGGUGUUACUUGUGGAGUUCCGUGAUAUUCUGGAAGUCAUGUUAACCGGAAUCAUGCUUUCUUACUCCCUGGUGGCUCUUUCUGUUCUCGUCCUCAGGUACCAACCAGAUCAGAAUGAGAAAACAGAGGAGGAAAUUGAGAUGCCUAAUCUUGACCAAAUUUCUUUGGAAUCUGUUCCUGAAGCAGGAAGCUCAAAGAUUCUAAAGAGCCUGUGUGACCCUCUCAACACCGUCCCCACUCUGGCAUCCGGCCACAUUGUCUACAGAUGUGCCUUACUUUUUGUUCUCCUGCUGACCAUCCUGAGCCUGGUGCUGGCCCGGUGGCCCAGCCGCGUGUUCUCUGGAGACCCCGUGUCCACAACAGCGGCUGUGCUGCUGCUGCUGCUCAUCGUGGGGGUCACGGUCAUCAUUUGGAGGCAGCCCCAGAGCCCCGCUCCUAUUCGCUUCAAGGUCCCUGCUUUGCCUGUCCUCCCCCUGCUGAGCAUCUUUGUGAAUGUUUACCUGAUGAUGCAGAUGACUUCUGGGAUCUGGGUCCAAUUUGGUGUCUGCAUGGGGAUUGGAUUUGUCAUAUACUUUGGAUACGGGAUCCGACACAGCUUGAGGGAGAACAGUGACCAGCAGCCACCAGCCUCCACCUCCCAGACUUGA